CGGCCCGCGAGAGGGGCAUUGGCAGCGCCGAUAGAGCCGGGUGCAGGUAGUCAAUAGAUCGAUACGAUACGGUUAUUGGCGGCACUUAGCGGGGCGCGGGAGCCGGGGCGGCCGUCAGUGCCGCCGGGAGAGCCGGCGGAAACAGCCGCAGAGCUUCGGGCGACUUGUCCGGUUUGUUCUCCCUCCCAGCAGAGCGGCCCCGUCUCUUUUCCAGACCUUUGUCUGGAUGGGAAGAAAAAAGGAUGGAGGAGCAGUGGUGGAAAGGGGAGCUGGCAGCAGACAUCCAUCAGACCUUGAGGACGAAGGAACUUAAGUUGCCUGCUUACAAGGCUCAUUCACCACAGAUUGGGAUGCGCAGAUACUUCAUUGAUCUCUUGACUGUCCUCAGCAACCAUUGCAGUCUCUGCCCUACAGCUCGGCAUCUUGCCAUCUAUUUGUUGGACCUCUUUAUGGAUCGUUAUGAUAUCACUGUCAAGCAACUGCACAUCAUUUCAUUUGCCUGCUUUCUCCUAGCAAGUAAAUUCGAAGAAAAAGAAGAUAAAGUUCCAAAGUUGGAGUACUUAAAUAACCUGGCAUACAUGUACAACAUGAAUGUGGUACUGAACAAGAAAGAUUUGCUUAGAAUGGAGAUGCUGCUUUUGGAAAACUUCAACUGGAAUCUGUGUCUACCAACACCAGCACACUACAUUGACUACUACCUCUAUGUGUCCAUUGGUGAGAAUGACCUUCACAAUGGCUGGCCAAUCACCUCACUGACCAAAAUCAAGGAUUUUCUGCAGAAAUAUGCAUAUUAUUUCCUUGAUUUCUCAGUGCAAGAUCAUACCUUCCUCCAUUUUCGCCCAUCUCUGAUUGCUGCAGCUUGUGUGUGCGCCUCACGUAUCUGUAUGCAGAUCUCUCCUGUCUGGACAACACAGCUUGAAUUGCUAACGUGUUAUUCCUGGGAACACCUUGCCCAAUGCAUUGAAAUGAUGCUCAUCUAUUAUGAGAAUGACAACAAAGAAGCCAGUAACAUAAAAAAGCAAGCAACAAUUCAGCAUCAAGAACGGGAAGCAGUGGGAAAUCUGAGCCAUCAAGUCACUACUCAAGUUCUCUUCCAGCAAUCCAAUUAUCACCCUUUAGCCCAGCAUUCAGCUACGCUUUCCCAGUUCCAGUCACCAGUGCAAGAUUUGUGCUCUGUGUAUCGUGACUCCUUACAGGCCCACAGGCCCAGUGGUCUCCCUGCUGGGAGUGCUGACAGCUCACUGCACUCCUAUGCAGCUCUUCAGGCCAGCCUUCGGCCACCUGCCCAGACUCUGUCCAUCCAAACCCCCAUUGCUGUGCAGGUGGCAUUAGGAACAGAGCCCAGACACUGCAUUUCCACACCUUAUGGCAGCAGUUUCUUCAGUGGUCAUCACUCAUAUGCAACUGGGUGUUUAGAUGGAUAAAUGUUGACAGGAGAAAAACUACCUGAUGGGAGUUUGGAGCAAGGAGGGGGCCAGCCUCUUCUCCUUGAUGACAAGUGACAGGACUAGAGGAAAUGGUUACAAUCUGUGCCAGAGGAGGUUUAGGAUGGAUACAUAGAAAUACUUCUUCACUAAAAGGGUUCUCAAACACUGGAAUGGUCUACCUGGGGCAGUGGUGGAGUCACC